CCCCGAGACAUUUAAACUGCACCUUGCUAGCGUCCACCACUCCCUAGGAUAAUACCUGGUGAAAUUAAUUUAGGUGGGAGGGUGCUUUAAACGUUUUUUGUUUUUGUUUUUUUCCCUUGCUUCUUUCUCGUAUCGUUACGUGGACCUUUCCCUCUUAGUUUUGCUAGCCUUCCCCUGUAGAUGGAACAUUUGCCGCCCGUGUGGCAGAUGUUGCGGCGAGACAGAAAGGAGGUACGUGAAGAGUCUUUAUCCUCUAGGAUAGAGAUGGUGAGUGUGGGAGUCAGUACAGAGCCCUGCCAUGCCAGGUGGGAGGUAGAGACAGAUGCAAUUGUCCUACAGCGGCGGCAAAAGCAGAUAGAUUAUGGCAAGCGCACACCUGGUUACCAGUGCUUUCUGCAGCAGGUCCCCAAGGCACAGCGACAGCCAGGACUUCACCCUCAAACACCAAACAAGAACAGGAGGUACAGCCGUCGCUCCUGGGAUGCCCAGAUCAGGCAGUGGAGAAGAGCCCUACAUUCCUGGGACCCCCCCAGCCAGCCUCUGCAGGCUGAGGGGUGGGGAAUGGACAAUCUCUUAGAGCCAAUGGAUUCCUCCCCUUUGGAUGACUGGCUCCAGACCCUGGAACCCUCAGAGAAUCUGGAUGGAGAACAGAAGGGAGCCCAGUUUGCAAGUUUGGUGGCUCCUGCCUCCUCCCUUCCCUGGCUCUGUGAGGAAGAUCCCCACCACUGGCUCUACCUUCUAGCUGAUCACAAUUACUUAACUGUCCCAGACUUGAGUGGGACACAAAAUAUUUAGGGAAAACAUGUCUUUCAGGGGACUCGUUGCUGAAUGUAAUAGUGAAGAUUACUUGCACUACUUCUACUUAACAAUCGAUUAAAAAAGAUCUAAAACUCUGUCCUACAGAGAGAUAACACGAAGGCAUUGUUUAAAACCUCUCCUUUUCCCAUAUUUUACCCUCUCUCUAAACCUUCUUUGCUGGCUGAGACUCAAAUUUACAUAAGACCCAGAAACCACCUAGCUAUUCCAAAACCUCUUCACCUGCUAACUGCUACAUUCAGUCUCUUCAAAAAGGACUUAAACUUUGGCUGAGGUGGGAGGUGGUGGUAGUGAUGGAGAUUUAAUAAAAGGUGGUUUCCUCUUCCUGAAGAGGAAGUAUAGCGCCAUCAACAUCUUUUCCCCAGCUGCUUGUUUCCUCCCUCCCUUUCUGUCUUAAGGAAAGUGGUCCAGCUGUAACCACCGAACUCCCCCCUCCCCCACGCAAGCAACUGAACCGCCUAUGAUGUCAUAAUCACAAUCCC